ACUUCCGGUUGAGCUAGCAAGCUUAGUGGCCGCUCGAGUUUAAGGAGAUUUUCAUGCCUUGAAUUGCUUUCCUGCCAGGUUGCUGUGAUGUCAUCAGAGUCGGCUCCCGCCACGCCCACCCCGGGAGACGCGUACAAGGGCUGGCUCUUCAAGUGGACCAACUACAUCAAAGGUUACCAGAGACGCUGGUUUGUCCUCAACAAUGGGAUGCUGUCGUAUUACAGGAACCAAGCCGAGAUGGGCCACACGUGCCGCGGCACCAUCAACCUGGCCAUGGCCAGCAUCACGGUGGAGGACUCGUGCAAUUUUGUCAUCUCCAACGGCGGCGCGCAGACGUACCACCUGAAGGCCAGCUCAGAGGUGGAGCGCCAACGUUGGAUCACCGCCUUGGAACUAGCCAUACCGUCAGGUGGGUCAAGAGUUUCUCCCACGUUUUCCUCCGGUUCUUUUACCGGCGACGCCCUCUCUCGUUCGUCCGCAGACGACUCUGCCGACGAGGCGUCGGAAACGGGGACCGCCUCGGGGCAGGACGGCGUCCGAGGAUUGGAGAUCCAGGCCACGCUGCGCACGCUCAGCAGCAAAGUGGAGGACCUUAACACGUGUAAUGAUCUCAUAGUCAAGCAAGGAUCAGCAUUGCAAAGAUCCUUGUCGGAACUGGAGGCCCUUCCGUCGGCGGCCGACGCCAGCGAGAAGAUCCGGCAAGUGACGGAGAGGGCCACGCUCUUCCGGAUCACCUCCGACGCCAUGAUCAAGGCCUGCCGCGACUUCCUGUCCAUGGCGCAGAACCACAGCAAGCGCUGGCAAAAGGCCUUGCAGCUGGAGCGGGCGCAGCGCAUCCGCUUGGAGGAGACGCUAGAACAGCUGGCCAAGCAGCACAACCACCUGGAGAGAGCUUUUAGGGGCGCGCCCGCCUCCUACGCCGACGCCCAGUUAUGCAACAAAGGCCUAAUUUCCGGCAAGGGCGACGCCAGCGACGAGGAUGACGACAGCGAGUUUUUCGACGCCAUGGAGGACCCCGCCGAGUUCAUCACCGUCCCCGCCGAGCCAGAGUACCCCAGGAGAUCCGGCAGCAUCGUAAGCGGGCUGAGCAACGAGACCGCCGCCACGGACGAGCUGUCGUCGGACGAGCUGUCCGUCGCGUCCGAGUCGCCGUCGGCUGUAGUGGGGCAGCGCCGGACGCGCAUCCCGGAGAAGCCCGACUACUACCUCAACCUGUGGAGCGUGAUGAAGAACUGCAUCGGCAAGGAGCUCUCCAAGAUCCCCAUGCCGGUCAACUUCAACGAACCGCUGUCCAUGCUGCAACGCCUGACUGAGGAUUUGGAGUACUACGAGCUGCUGGACAAGGCCGCCAAGUGCGGCGGCUCCCUAGAGCAGAUGUGCUACGUGGCCGCCUUCACCGUGUCGUCCUACUCCACCACCGUGCAUCGCACCGGGAAGCCCUUCAACCCGCUGCUCGGGGAGACCUUCGAGUUGGAUCGUUUGCGGGAGUGCGGCUACCGGUCACUUUGUGAACAGGUGAGCCACCACCCGCCGGCAGCGGCCCACCACGCCUUCUCGGAAAAAGGCUGGACGCUCCGACAAGAAAUCGUUUUAGCCAGCAAGUUUCGUGGGAAAUACUUGUCCAUCAUCCCUUUGGGUUCAAUCCAGUGUAUGUUCAACAAGAGCGGCAACCAUUACUCUUGGAAGAAAGUCACUACCACAGUGCACAAUAUUAUCGUGGGAAAAUUGUGGAUUGAUCAGUCGGGCGAGAUUGACGUGGUCAACCACAAGACGGGCGAUCGCUGCCAUCUCAAGUUUUCGCCCUAUAGUUAUUUCUCCAGAGACGUACAAAGAAAGGUGACGGGCGUGGUGACGGAUGCCGAGGGCAAGGCGCACUACGUGCUAUCGGGCACGUGGGACGACAAACUGGAGCUGUCCCGGAUCCUGCAGAGCAGCACCGGCGCCGAUGGCAACGAGGGCAAGCAGAGGACCGUGUACCGCACCCUCAAAGCCAAGGAGAUCUGGAGGAAGAACCCCUUGCCGGAGGGGGCGGAGAACAUGUACUUCUUCUCGGCGCUGGCGCUGACGCUCAACGAGGACGAGGAGGGCGUGGCGCCCACCGACAGCCGGCGACGCCCCGACCAGCGUCUGAUGGAGGAGGGCCAGUGGGAGGCCGCCAACGCCGAGAAGCAGAGGCUGGAGGAGAAGCAGCGGGCCGCUCGUAGAGAGCGCGAGCGGGACUCGGUCCGGCUCACCGACGCAGACGCCGCCGACCAAGGCGGCCAAGCCGACAGCAGCUACCAGGCGCUGUGGUUCCACAAGGCGCACGACCCCGUUUCGGGGGAGACGAUGCACGUCUACAAGGGAGGCUACUGGGAGACCAAAGACGGCGGCGACGGCUGGGACGUCUGCCCCGACAUCUUCUAA